GUAAUGCUGCAGUCCAGCACACUGUGUCUCAGGAUGAGAAUGUAACUUACAGGCUGGGAGGAAUGUCCACAAUAAUUCCUAUAGGGAGGACCUAUAGCCAUGCAUGAGACUGUCAGCUGCAGGACUUCAUCGUUGGACGCCUGGCAACUCCUGCGGACCUGGACAAUUCAUUGUCAGAUAAUACUGUCAAAUAAGGCUGCAAGGGCCACCCUGAAAUAUCAUAUAGCUGCUGAAUCCCAGCCAUGGCUGUGAACAGGUCCUGACCAGGCUAAAAUCAAUCUUGAGAGACCAGACAGCUCGCUGAGACAUCAGGUUACAGCUGCUGCCCAUAGAGGUCUAUGGAGAGAGAAGGAGGCACUGCUGGAGGAUGACAGAGGCACAGACAUGCUGCUGUUGGCUAUAGUGAAUCCUGGAUGUAUAAAACAAUCUCUACAAUGAAGUCUAAGGAGAAACAAUGAUAGAAGCAUCGGUGCAGCUGUUUCUGUGAUCCUCCACCAUGUAUCUGAAAGAAUGACCGUCCACAGUCAUUAUGUGAAAAACAUGAGCAGACAAGAGGUGACUGGUGCCACUAAUUCCCUCUGAGUGGUACCAUGACCAGGGAAACAAAGCCUGCGUAUCCCAUCAAUGCUAAAUCACCCAGCUCCAAGGAUGACUCUGCUUUUGAACAGUUUGGAAAAAAUAAUUUUGCAGACAGUAAACCAAGCAGGGCAUCAGAAAACUCUCAUAGUGCCUUCAGUUCUGACAAAGCAUCCCUUUUAAAUAGUCGCGAAAGAGAAAGUCACAGUCAAAGGGAAGCUGUGAUAAGGCCUCAACAAGCAGGGAAAAUAGACUUUAAAGCUCUUCAUAACAGGCCAAACUUUCCCAGUGAUGCUAAAUGGACUAAUGGUAAAAGUAGCCCACAGUCUCCAACAGGGAAGAGCAGAGGGAGAGACAAAAAUAAGAGGUCUGGAAAGGGAGAUCGCAAUCAACACCAGCUCUACAGACUCAAUAUUAGCAGUUCAAGGUCCAAUCCUACCAUUGGGAUUGCGUAUCCUCAGCAGAAGGUGACACCACCUAAAAAAGCAGAAGUCAAUCAAGGGCCCAUCUCUGGAGGUUAUCGCUUUAAUGGUCCAAGUCUUCCUGACAGAGAGGGAGAAGUCCAUCAAGACAGCGGUAACUUUAACAGGUCACACCCAGAGCCCAUUCCCAUCCUUACCUCCACAAACUAUACCUCACAAACAGCUCCAGCAUCAAGACUCCAUCAAGGCAUAAAGAUCCCUCCGGGUAAUGUUCAUGACACAUCUAACUCUAGUGGGCAGCUGCAUUAUUUGGAAUUCCAGCCAAAUGGAAAUACUUGGCAUCUAUCUGAUAAACACUUUACUGGUACCAGGGAAUAUGUCAUCUCAAAUCAAAAAGUAUGUCCUUUCCCGGAGGGCAACAAGUCAGACUAUGGGCCUGUGUCAUUUCAGUAUCCAUUUCCAUCUCUGCAAGAGCAAGUUGGGAAUACAUUCUGCAAUAAUGGGAGUAAUCAGGACUUUGUGGAUGCUGCACUGUCUGUCAACCAGGUAGCACCCAAUACUUUUUCCUUCCAGUCCUCAUCAAGAGAAGGACCAGAAGAUCCACAGGGAAGUGGAUCCUAUAAUGCUGUCUUGCCAGACAACAGGACUUAUGGAAUGCCUUCCCAGCAGGCUCCAUUUUUACAUACCCAGCAAGGGGUUCAACAUUCACCUAGACCCCCUUGUUACACAGGGCGUAAUGACGACGUCUCUGAUCACAAUGGUGCUAUUUCAUCUACUGGUGCUUUCUCUUCCUCUGGUGCUAUAGACCAAACCCAAAGCACUUUUCAAGAAAACCAAGCAGUUUUUGAUCCUAGUGAAUUUAGUUUACAUAGUAGCAGUAUGCCAGCAUUAAUCAAUAAGAGGCCAUCUAAAGACUUUGUACAUAGUCAAAGGCUCCUGACUCCAGGGAGUACACUACGAAGGAAUAUACCACAGACUUCUCUAACCAAAGUGCUCUUCCCUGGCAAGGCCUUCACCAGUGGAAACACCGGAUCUGUGCCUUACGAUAAGAAUAUUUCAAGAAUACCUCAGACUUGGGAUGCUGGAAACAACAAUUUUCCACCUUUGGACCAAAGCUCGGUUUCAUAUCCUAAUGGUUCUGGAAACGUAAUUCCAUAUCAAUGCCAGCCAGAUGAGCAGAGACAGGUACUGAAAAACCAAAGGAUGCCUUGGCAGCAGAGUCUCAACACACCUUCUGCAGCAAACCAAAAUCACAUAGAGCUGUCAAGGCACAUUGAAAGUCAAAAACCUUACCCCCUCAGUAAUCCUGAUUGGCAAAAUAACUUGAUGACAAAAAUUCCACCAAGUUAUCAUACAAAAAAACACUUAGUGGUAGAGGGGAGUCCCACACAGAGGGCUGAUAUGACCAGACAAAAUUACAGCUCAAAUAAUGACAUUUUGUACGAUAAUAAAAAGGAAAAGAAUGAUACAAGAACAAAGAGUAUUUCAUACGGUGUAAGCCAACCAAUUCAACACUCAAGAAAGAACUCCAACCAGCCACUACCAUUUUCAGGAAAGCCUUUUGUACCCGAAUCUCCCUAUGAAUCGCCCCUUCCCUCCCCUGUUACCAACCCAGUCUCCGGUAGUACCUGCUCGUCACUGUCACCCAUGUCAAGCAGCCCUGUCAACCCUGAUGAGAACCCAGUGCCUCACACACUAACAUCCUCUCCCUAUUUUCACCAGCCAUGUCAUCCAGCUGAAAAGUCUUAUAAUAUGGCUGAUUCAAUUAGCCCUGGUUCAUUUCUAUAUCCCAAUUCGGAAACCACCAAAACAUAUAAUUACAUAACAGAGCCUUCUAAAGAAGAACACGCAUUCAAGAAUCUACCAGGUAAUGAAUACCAAAAAAUAGCCAAUGAGCAAAGUAAAGUCUGUCUUGAGAAUUAUGAAAGUGAACCACCUCCUCCUUAUUCCUCUCACCACUUUCUUGCCAGCUCACUUAGCAGUGCAAAUUUAGACCAGCUUGAUGUUCUCCUAACCUGCAAACAGUGUGACCAAAAUUUUGGCAAUUUAUCCUCAUUCUUAGAGCAUCGGCAGUACUGUAAUUUGAAUUCAACUGUCCAAACUGAGAUGAAGGACUCUUUACAAGGAGGAGAUUUAAGAAAGUCUUCGCUUGAACAAUUAAAGUCAUCCCAAACACUGCCAGCAAUAUCCUUACCCAAAGCUCAAAAUGAAUUUAAUCCACAUUUAACUGGUUUCAGAAAAGACUAUCUUCUUGACAGUGAUGCCAAAGAAGACCCAAUGAAAGGUAAUAUUUUACACAACGCCACACCACAUCUAUUGCCUCUGACCGCCUGUGACACUUUAGAAAUGGAUGAGGCAAAGCUGGACAGUUUAAUCAUAGAAGCACUGAAUGUCUUAGAGUUUCAAGUAGACAAUCCAGAGAUAGAUAGCACCUUUAUUGAUGUCUUUGUAGAUGACGAUCUCACCACUGGGAAGACCGUGAACAAUUCCCAAAAGGUCAAAGAGAUGAAAGAAUCAAAAAAAAGGAUAAUUGCAGAACAAAAACAAGCUUUCCAUAACUCAAUCUCAUGCACGUUUGAUGAAAAAUACGACACAGAUGAAUCCCAACUCCAAAAGAAUGCAAUCAAAAUGCCAAAUGAAAAAAGAUGUACAGAAAUAGGAAGCACUCAUAAGCAUUCUAUAGACACUGACUCAACAAAUGGCAAAAAUAUCACAAAAACUAAUUUGAAAGACUGUGAAUGGCAGAAGUCAGAUGACGCUAAUAAAAGAACAACUUCACAGGAAAAAAAGAAAACGUCUCUAAAUAAAUCUGAUUUUAAAUAUAUUGAUGGUGGAGAAAUAAAAUCUUAUGAAUCCCACCAAGGGAGACUAGAGAAAACUGAUCCACAAGAUCUUCCCCUCACAGAAACAUCAAAGCCACGCAGGGCCGGAUUUAAAGACACUAAGAAGAAGAAAGCUCACAAUGGGACCUGGAGUAAAGAGCUUAUACACAAAAUUGUGCAACAAAAAAAUAAACUUCACAAGCUACAUGUAAAGAGUAAUAAAAAUCUGCAGUUUUCACUGGUAACUGAGAGACUUUAUCCUCCUACAAAAACGCAUCCGUUUGGUGAAUAUGACUAUAUCUCAGAUUCCGAUGAUGAACUCGCUCCUUCUUUGCCACAAAACAGGCCAAAUGGCAGCCUGAAGUACAAUUUUAAUCGGCAUAUACAAGGGAGAGAAACCAAAACAAAACUAAAGGAACCAAUAUGGCGUAUGGGAGAGGCCACAAGAUUCCAGCUGCAAAGCAAAGAUUUGAGGAACACAAAUAAAGAGACCUCAAGUAGAAUUCGGAGAAGAAACAGUCAGUCAUCAAAUAGCAGCGAGCAGAGCACCAGUAUUUCAAGCGAGACUGGGACAAGUCCAAAAAGCACUGAACACACAGAUUCUGAAAAUGAACAGGAGUGCAUGGCAAGGUGCAAAAGUUUAAGCACUCAGUCUCAGAAUAAUGCAGAGAGAAACUUGGUAAGGCCUCUACUCCGAGAAAAUCCACCAGCCACAGCACUACAUGCAGACUUUACCAAAGGAACAAAGAGGUUUGCAUCUGCUAAAUUCCUGCUUACAAGUUCAAAAGCAAACCAAAAGAUUAGCGAAACACACUAUGACGAAAAUAUAAAAAAACUACAACAAACCACUGAUUUUACAAAGAAAAACACAGGUAAAACACAUGGAAUUCAGGAUCUCGAGAACAACAUAGAGGAAAGACUAAGCACUUACCAAGAAGCAAUGGCAGCUAGCACCUUAUCACAAGACAAUUACACGGUAAAUGCUCCACCUCAGCAGCAUUCUUCUUUCAAUGUCACAAAUACAAACUACCAAGAGAAACAACUGAACUCUAUAUCAUGUGAAAUAAAUCCAACUUUCUGUAAUGAAAAGUACUUAAAUGAAAAAAUAUGCAAUGGCAGCAAAGACUUUUCAAUAUCGGUGCCAUGCUAUACUGGAGAUUCGGCAGUAGCUAUAUUGCCACAACAAAACGACAAAUCCUAUGGAGCUGAAUGCCAACAAUAUUCACACAAUAAAGAGGUGCACCAUCUAUACAGAAAUCAUAUUUUCUCUGAAAGUCAAAACGGUGCUUCUGCUGAUGUUGAGCAGAUACAUGCAGAUCAAAGUAAUACUGAUAGCAUGUGCUCAUUUGAGAAUAAAUGUUCAGAACAUACAUCUUAUCCACCAGACAACAAUGACAAAGUUUCAGCCGGCCUUUCAUUUGAUUCGUCUUCUAUAUUUGCAGAGUUACCAAUUUCUGACUUUGACACUCCGAUGUACAACACUGCAACAAUUUCAAAAGAGAACUUUACAGAAUUCAACCAAUCCCGCAAAUCGAGCAACUUUGAACAAUUUCCAGAGUUCUUGCAAGAGAAAAGUUGGGAUCUUAUUGGAAGCAUUUCAAUGUCGACAGAUAAUGUUCCUCCAUUCCACAUACAAGAAAAUCCAAGCACAGAGAAGUAUGCUGAACACAUAGCAGUGUCAUCAGAGCAAAUAAUCCUCUCAGAUUACAACGCAGCAUUUAUUAGCAACAUUUCAGAAGACGAACUAGAAAUCAAAAGACUGGUAACUGAAUUAGAGAGUCAGCUUCAAACAAGGAAAGAGCAUAAUGACACGUCUUCAAAAAUACUGAGUAAAGAUCAUGUUAACCAGGAGCUCACAGACUGUACCCUCACAGUAACAGAGAUGGCCGCCGAUCCAACUGAAAGCUGCAGAAAUAAUGCAUACUUUAAUGAAAUUCCUAACAAUGUACACAGCCCAGACCACGCAACACCUCAACUUCAGGAUUCCCAACCACUUGCAAAAGUUGAUAGAAGCUGUGAAAAUGUCAGGAACUCUUGGACUAGUUCACUUCAAUUUGAUUCCUUCACUUCAGACAUCCAGUGUUGCAAACAGACAAAUAUGAAAAAUGGUGCAUGCAUGACAGAAGGAAUGGGCUUACUGGGAAAUAGCCCUCUGACUGCCAUGCCUGACAAAUGCUUGUCUAACCUCUCAAAUCCAAUCACAUAUCCAACAUAUCCUGACCAUGACCUUCUGAAUGAGACACUGGUGCCAAAUGAAGCACAGCUUUCUAAAAACAAUGAAAAUAAAGAUACACAUGGAAAGGAAAUCCAGCAAAUUGAUUUACAAAAUCUGUCUGUUAAACAACAGAAAGUUGAAGAUCGGUAUGAUGACCCACCAAAGCUGGAACCUGUACAAAGCGUGACAGAAAUGGAUUCUGAAUUUGCUUUGCAAGACGACAGCACUCUUUUAAAUAUAAUUGACAGUCCAAUGCAGAAGAAGAGCACUGCAGAAGAGAGACCACAGCUCUCUACAAGUUCAGAGCAUGCAACAGACACAGAGUACAGCAAAAAGAAUUUCAUUUUGCACAAUAAAGAAGGAUUACAGGAUGAUAACAAUCAAAUAGACCUUGUUCUUCUUGACAUGCCAAUCCUGGUAAAAGAGGAGAAUGCAAUUAGUGAAAAAUCCUUACCUUCUAAAGAAUCUGCGGAAAAUCCUUUGCAACAGCUCCAACUAUUUGUAGCAAGAACAGCCAAAAAUAACGAGGAAGACAUGCUUAUACAAUGUUUCCCCAUGCUAUUAGCUGCUUCAGCAGUAUCAGAAGAAGAGAGUCCCGUUUUAUGCCCUGUGGAGAGCGCAUAUACAUCUAUUGGAGAAUCCAGGAAGAAUUCAAAGGUAGUGGAAGAAAAUGGGGCAUUACAGCUUUCUGAAUCCUGCACAAAACAGACAGACAUUGAUCAUACGGGCUCUAAUUGCUGCACGUUACUGGACGCAUUAAGUCAUGAGGCUCAAUGUGAGGACAAACAAGCAAACAUUACAGAUUGCAUUGAACUGAGUGUUCUCAACAUUGUCACAGGUGGCUUGAGGAAUGAUAUAAUAAAUAAUGGAAAUGGAGCAAACUAUGAAGAAAUUGACAGUAAAAAAUCACUUACAAAAAAGGGAACACCAACGAAAACCAGCGCAGCAUUUGAUAAUGAACCAUACACGGGUGGUAAAAUGACAUCCACAUUGAUCGAUGUUCAGAAACAAAUAUCUGAUAUGACAAAAGCAGACUUUCAGGAAACUGGAACCUUAGAACCCAAAGAGCCACACAUUUCCAGAAAGAAUGAUGAGACACAUAACCUGAGUAGUGAAGUCUCUGUUUUUAGAAUCCAAAAGAAUAAUCAAAAGCAAAUGGAUAUCCCCCAGGGAACAGAACUAUUUCUGGGAACUGAUAACAUUAAGGAAGCUUCUCUGUUGGCCGAAGAUAAAGGUGAUGCAAUGGCUGUGGUUGACAAUUCUUCCACUCAUUUCCCUUUGCCUCCUAACACUAAUGAAGUCCUAUGUGAUAAAGACUAUGAUGCACAUCUUCUAAGCAUACCUACAGCACAUUCUGGGUUGGGGUUUGACCUGCUCUCUCAUGUGGCACAAGACUCAAUUUCCCCACAAAGACUGUCAUAUACAUCUACGGAUGAUGGCUUAAGUUCAAAAGAAAGGGAUUCACUGUGCAAAAGCACUCAAAAAUGUCAAAAUAAAGAGGAAUUAGCAAAACAGUCUGUGCCAGACAUGGAUAUACAGCUUUAUCUGCAGAAAGACAAAACUUUGACAAUAGAUAACAGCCACAAACUGGCAGAAGAGAAAGUCUUAAUGAAACCAGUUGUGGGAGGAAAAGUAACCCCAUGCUUCUGCUCUGAAUUAGUUUGUGUGCAUUAUGAAGGUCAACAACAAGAAUCUGUUACGGACAUGAUUCUUGGGUGUCAAUCAAUACCAACAAAUGAUACCUACCCAAUUUAUACUGAAGAAAAUACUAACUACCUUACUUUGCAAAGUGAUAUUUUUCAGGAAAGUGUACAAACACCUGUAGGGCCAUCAAUGUGUAAUCAAAAAGAAGAGGCAGAUAAGUGUGACUGGGACAACAUACAUGAUGGUUCAGAUAUGGAACAUGUAUUUCUGAACAAGGACAGGUCAUCAGCUUCAGGGUGUGACCUGGUGGGGACUGCUGAUCAGGGGUUUGUAGAGUUUACCGGUCAUAAAAAUACUACAGAAAAAACAGCUGCACAAUUAGUUCCAGGUCUCCACAAUAUGGGAGCUGAGAAGAUUUCCACAGAUGACUCUGCCAACAGGUGUACCAAUGAUAUGAACUCUAUUAUAGAUGGUGUCCUUAGAAUUCUAGAAGGUGACAAGAGCAAGGAAAUACUCCAGAGCAUUGGAAUUUCACCAAAAAGCAGUCCCAUCAAAGAAAAGAAAUUAGCUGGACUAGCACUAACCUGUGACAUAUGUUCAGCAUCUUUUCGUUCUAAACCAGGACUGAUGAGACACAAAGCGGUUAAGCAUAAUGGGCCACUAGUAUCACAAAAAGAUGGUGUGAUUAGUGUUAAACCACUUAACGUGAAAAACGCAACAUGUGAGUGGAAUGACAAUAAUGACAGUCAACACAAUCUCAACAUGACAUCUCAGAACAUAAUUGCAGAUUUGCUCAACUCAGACAGUAACCUUCAAUCUCAGAUCCUAAUAACAGAUGAACAGAGACCUCCGACAGCCAAAAACUGUGAAGACUCUGUCAUAUCUGAUUCAGUAAGCAACAGUAAGAUGAAUGGAAAAGUCAAGAAAAGAAAACGCAAGUCCUCUAACAAAUCUACAGAGUCACAAAUUCCUUCUGAUGAUGUCUUAAACGUCCUAAAAACUAAUAUUUUGAAGGCCAUUGGACAAUCGAACAGCUUCAACUCCUCAGAGAUGGGCUUGGAACAGUCCGUACAUAAAGACAUGGCACAUACAGAAAUCAGUCUGAAAAAUGACACCUUAGAAACUUACUUAACUGCGGUAACGAUAGAUGAAGAUGAAAAGCUGGUGAGCGACGUUUUAGACAUGGAAAUGAACAGUGAGAGUUUGCUUCAAGAGGAAACAUGGGCAAAAAAACUAAACCGUCAAAACAAAGACAUAAAUGAAUGCAAAAUUCAACCUGUGGAUACUAUGAUGGCUAAUGAUCAAAGUCUAUUAACUGGAGGACCUGCCCAAGCACAUACAGAAGGCGAAGUGUCAAACAUGCCCAAAGAAACAGUAACUGACUUUCACAUAUUAUUUGAUGACGACAAUUCAUUUUCCCAAUUAUUUCCAAGAGAUGAUCAUUUCAUUAGGAGAAAAUGCACCCGUGUUUAUGGGAAAAGAAACAAACGACAAACGACACCUUUCGAGUCAGAUUUUAAACAUGCGGAUAUAGCUGAACAAUGUCAUACCCCACAAAUAAACUACUCAAGUGACUGCGGUAACAUUUCACUUGAAUCGACAAUAGAUAGCAGUCAUUUAGCUAAUCAAAAUGAACACGUCACCAAUUAUGAACACCUCGGUUCUUCAAAGGAAACCAGUAAGGGAGAUGAAGGCAAGAUACUCUCUUUAGCAUGCCAGAAUAUGGAAAAUAAUGUACUGUCAAGUAUUGAUAGGAUUGAAACGGAAGACAGAGAUGUACCCUCUCACAGUACCCUUUACAAGUCUUCUGCUGAACCUUUGGAUUUUUCUGUAGAAAUGAGUCCAGACACAAGAGACUCACAAACAGAAGAUUUCUUCAACUGCAGUGCUGGUGAUGAAGCCGAUCUUCCUGAGGUGCCUACUAUCGACAUGAAGAUGCUUAGUACAAAGUUUGAUAUGAGAGAGCUGUCUUUUUUUAGUGCUUGUGGAGAUGACUCUGACCAAUCUGAUUUAGAAACAUUAGAUAUUAACCAAAUGCCAGAGAAACGUAAAAGGAAUAGCAAAAAUAAGUGCAAUGACAAAAAGCAAGCAAGAAAUCACAACAAUGUAAAAAUGAAAAGCAAAGACAAGCAAUAUAAAUGUAAAGUGUGCUUUCAAUGGUUUCUCACUUUAGGCGAGCUGGAUUUUCAUAAGCUAACCCAUAACCCUUCACCUCCUCCAACCUGUUAUAUGUGUGUUCAACGCAAGUUCAGUUCUCGUGAACAGUUAAGAGAUCACCUGAAAGACAAGCAUGCAAAAAACAAGGCAGGACUCUGGAUUUGUGGAAUGUGUUUAAAAGAAAUCUCUGAUGUAUGGAUGUAUAAUGAGCACUUAAGAGAGCAUGCUACUCAGUUUGCUAGGAAAGGCCAAGCACAGAAAUCUGUGAUGGGCAUUCCAGGCUGUUUUGGAGGCGAUGGUAUGGUAAGGACAUUUCUCAGCACCUUUAUAUACAGAACACCUAGCACCUUAUCGAAGAUUUCAGAGUCAGAUGAUAAAGGUUCACUGAGUAAAAGACCAGAUCAGAUUGAACAGCAGUCUGAAGAUGAAGCGACUGGCGAAAAAGAACCUGAGAACUUUAUCCAUGUUGUUGCACCUGCUCCAGUCCAACAAGUAAAGCUUUCAGUUAGUCCUGACGGCUCUCAAAAGAGUGACAUCAUUUCAAAGAACGCAGCCAUGCAUCCUCAUUGUAAAGACCCUUCCAGAGACUGCCACCACUGUGGGAAGCAGUUCCCCAAACCUUUCAAACUACAACGGCACCUUGUUGUCCACAGCUUGCAAAAAAUAUACCUGUGUCACAAAUGUCCGAAAUCUUACCAGGAAGCACAGGAGUUGAGAACUCAUCUUCACAGUGAACACGAAUUAGCAGAAAAGUCUGAAAUAAAGCACACCACACUGUAUGCAUGUGAGCUAUGUGCUGAUGUCAUGCAUGUGAUAAAGAAGUCGUUCAUCUGUAGCACAUGCAACUACACAUUUUCUAAAAAAGAACAGUACGACAGACACAUGGAAAAACAUCUGAUUGGUGGAAGUUUGACGUUUAAAUUCAGAGGCGUAACCAGGCCAACAUUUUCUGGAAAGGAGCUCAAGCUGAAAAUAAAAGAUUCUCCUACAUAUGAUGAUGUGCCUCCUCCAAAAAAGCGAAAGUCUACUUAUUCUCAUAUGUGUGGAGAUGUAUCAGGCACUGAUGAUGGCGACCUUUCUCAAUACCCAAAACUUUCACCUGGUGUGGUUUUUGACGAAAUGAGAGAAGAAAAUAUGGAAAAUGAACAAGAAAGCACAGUAAAAAUAGAGGAGAUAGUGAUGGAUGCCCCAGAACUCCAAGCAGAAGGAAAGGAAGAGCAGGUUCAAUUUAUUAAUCAAGAAUGUCUGUUGUCUCCUCAAAUAUGUGAUGUGAAAAUAAGUGAGAAAGAUGAUGGUAUAAUUGGUGACACUGGAGCGACAACAGAGUCCCCUGCAGGUACACAGGAAAAUGUUGCUGAAUACACGGACAGUACAAACCUGUCAACAGAUAAUCGACCACCGUGUAAACUAGUGGAAUCAACAGACAUACAAACCUCGGAAAUCAAAGCAGACAAUGAUCUCGCUCAACUGCUCACAGAAGAGCCUGCAGAACCUCUUACUUCAGUUACGAGAAUGCUGCCAGCCAAUGACACGACUGCAGAGCUCCAAUUGUUACUACAUAAAGGUGCAGAGGGUGAUAAAGAAGAAACAUCAGGGUCUCGGACACUUGUUUCACUUCCUCCCACUGAAAAAUCUCUUAUGACUGACAUAGAAACUUUAGUAAAAGGCCUGAAAAAGAACAAGUCAGCCAGCCAACUUACAGAGCUAAGAGUCACAGAGCCUCACAGCGAAGAGUUACUGAAAAUCUUCACACCUAAAUUAAAGUCGGAAACCUUUCAACCAAAGGAUCAGGGUGCCUGUAAUUUGAAGGAAACAAAUUCAAACCCAAUGAAGAUAGCAAAAAAAGAACUGACUGUAAAUUUGUCGAAAAAUAACACAGAUUUUAAACUAAUGUCAGGAGAAAUAUGCCAAAAACUACACCAAAGGAAACGCAAAGAACACAAAAUUUCUAUCCAUAAAAGCAAUGCAGCCUCCCAGGAAAAUGUUGUUGAAGUGAAGAAAAAAAAGACCAAAGUUGUAGUGACUGGAAAACAUGAAACCUCUGCAAAAAAGUCAGAAUGGAUACGUGGUCUUCUGGACACAAAAGAUGAAAUUCCAGGCACCAGGACUCACCCCAAGCCACAUACUGGAGCAAUGGGCAGUCAGUUGAAGAAAGCUGUGCUGGACACCCACAACCUGAAGAGACUGAACUCCCAGUCUAUCAAUGGGGAGUACAAGAGCAGAAGAACUGCUGUUCCAAAAAGUAAUCACUUUUUACCAAAAACCUCUGCUCUGUAUUCGAACAACAAACGUAAAAUGGCCCACAACACAAAACCCACUGAGCCAUCAAAUUAUAGGACUGCCGAGUCACAGAAUACUUUGUUAAGCCAACUCUUUGGGCAGAAACUUACUAGCUUUAAAAUUCCUUUAAGAAGGGAUGUUACAGAAUGACAUUAAGUGACCCAUGUCCUAAAAACAACAACAAAAAAAACUUUUUUUUUAUUGAUGCAUUCCCUAAGCUUUGCCGAACUUGCACUGCCUCCAUUGUAAAUGAGUCCCUUUGUGCUGUAAUCUACUUUGAUGCACUUGAUUUGUUAUGCUAAUGUUGGAAUAUGCAUAUGAAUUUUGACUAUACAGAACCUAACCCAACGUUUUUAUUUCUUUGGACAAGCAUACCAGUCAAAAGCUCUUUUCUACUGUUGUAUAUAGUUCCUUUUUUUUUGUUCAGGAUGAAGAGAUGGGGUUAUAAGUAAAAAAUAACUUAACCUGUGCUCUUCAAUAAAAUAAUAAUAGUAAUUGAAAAAAGAGACUCUCCCUAUACUUUUAUACUAUUUUUCAGCACAUAGUCAAGGUCUUGGGUAUAAGAAAAGUUAUAUUUUGACAAAUAGUUUGGUUCCUAGCUGGUCAACUAGUCACUAGUUCAAAUUAUUACACACACAUGAAAUACAUGUAUAGCUUUUUAAAUAUAACACGAUAUUCUUUAGAAAUAAAGCCUGAUUACAGAUCUAAAUGACAAGAAGCAGACUGAUAAAAAACAUAGAUUGAUAAUUUAUUAAUUUACCAAAGUAUUAUUAACCAUUGCCCAAACACAAAAAAAAUUGUAUAAAUGGAACUAAAAUUGCUGAACACAAACAUAGGUAGCAAAUAAUAAACUGUAUCAACUACAAGACAGGAUGAAUACUAAUAGUAUAGACAACCAGUGUGCAGUCAGCUUACAAUCGUCCUCUAUUAUAUGUGGUGGACAGAGGCAUGUGUGUUAUUUCCCUAGUCCAAAAGAGUGCCUUAUUGUGCAUACAAAUGUACUAUAAAAUACACUGUAUUAAUGGUAUGUAAGAAAUGCUUCCAUGGUUUUUAUGAAUGCUGCCUAUUAAGUAAAAAUACAACUAUUUAAUUUUUUUUUUUUUUUAAGACAUGUUUUAAGUAAACUGCCUCCAUACUGAUAUGGAAACGUGACAUUGCUGUGAGCCGGGAAUCCUAGCACAUGUAGUGACACUAGUGAGUCACGUGUCAAUCACAAUCAAUAGAGGGAGCACAAAGACUGUGCCCCUGGCAUAUCUGCCAAAUAUAUUUAUCUUUCUCUUUUAUACCAGUAUUUUUUUUUUCAUCUGUGUUUUUCUAAUUCGUCAGCGUAGCCUAUUCCUAUAUAACCUGUGCAUUGGUUAAGGGCAAUCUCGGUCAUGUGACAGCCGUCGCACUCAAGGAUCACAGUGUAGCAUAGAAAUGAAUAGGAUAAUAACACGAUUUGCACGUGUGUUGCAACCACAACCCCAGAAUAAAAAAACAUCCAAUUCUAGGGUUGUGUCACUUGUGUGAGCUAAGCUGCGACCCCAUUAACUUCUACACUAGUGCCACUACACUGCAAUCCUGCUGUGAUUCCUGGGCACGACCAAUACCACCAUGUAGUCGACCCCUACAAUUUCUGUCCUAUGUGCCAAUACACAGAUGAAGAAUUGCAAAGAAGACAUGCACAGAAAGACUUACCAAUACUCUUUGAGCGUAUAUACUCCCAUAGACAUAAAACACUCACCAGAACAUACAAUUUCUGUGACCACUGUAAAUGAAUACAUUGAAAGUAUUUUGCUACUCUUUAACAUGAGAAUGUAAAUUAAAAUGUGCCUUCUCAGCUUCUGGUGAUGCAUUAAUAAACCGCAAUGCUGCAGACACUUCAGAAGAACUUGAGGUGUCACAUCUUUGAAGGACUUUAUAAUAAUAUUUUAUUCUUGACAAUCUUACUGUAACUCAAUCCACAAUCUGUUGCAUAAUGAUAUCCAUGGUGCUAUUUGUUUAUAGUUCAAUUAAUGUGAAAAAAACUGAAAUAAAUGUUCAUUGUCCAGUGCCGGAACAGUGUUAAAAUCACUCUCCCUCUAUCUAGCUUCUGUAAGCCUAUAUGCAACUAUAUCUCCUAUAUACCGAGACAUGAAAACUCAGGUGCAACGGAUGGUCACUCUGGUUCAGCUGAAAACCUCUAAGAGAUGUUAGUAUCCUAAAGCACUGAUGUAGCUUGUAAGACCAGAGUACUCUUCCAGCACAGAAUCCUGAGAAAUGUACCAACAUGCAAGGUCUUAACUUGUUUAUAUGUAUCAUUAAAGAACAUUGUAUUGUAUAAAAUAUAUUCUAGUUAUUUGGUGCAAUGACUAAUUCAAAAGAUUUUAUUUUGAUAUUUGUGUCCAAAAAGAGCAGAAAGAGCAUAAUGCAUUUUUAUAUCAUUAUUUUGUAUGACUUAAAAUUCCUCUUUAUAUUGUUGUUAAAUAAAAUAUAAAAUAAG